CGGAAGCUGAAGCUCCUAUUGGUCCAUCUGUUAAGGUGGGCUGAAGCUGAGGACAAUACAGCUCUCCUAUUGGUUGAUCUGCUCAGUGGGCAGCAGCUGGAAUGAGCUUCUGUCUCAAGGACUUGGCCAGAGUUUCAUGUCAACAUCUGGACCUCCUAACAGGACAGUUUCAAACUACCAGAACCAUCUUUGACCGUCUGGAGAUCAGAGGGAAUUGGACCUCCUAACAGGACGGUUUCAAACUACCAGAACCAUCUUUAAACGUCUGGAGAUCAGAAGGAAUUGGACCUCCUAACAAGACGGUUUCAAACUACCAGAACCAUCUUUAAACAUCUUUAGAUCAGAGGGAAUCAAACCCCCGUGACUCUAACUCUGGACCCACAGUCUGGAGAGGAGUGGACGGUCACGGCUUGUCUCUGCUGUGAUCCAUCAACGUGACCUUCAGGAUCUUGAGCUCUGAUUGGACAAUCUUUUUGAUUGGCAGCUGAGUGGACGAUGUUUUUCAGACAAAAGAAGAAGAUCUCAGGACAACAACCACCAUCUUCCUCAGUCUCUGACUCCACCCCUAAAUCUUGUUUGUGGCGACGUCCUCCCUCAACCCCGCCUUUGCCUCUGAGGGCCCAAAAGCUUGUUGCUAGGCAACCAUCAACAGAAGGCCUGAAGGGUAAAGGUCAGAGGUCAGGGGUCAGAGGUUCCUGGCCGAGUGCCCUGAGAUUGGUCUGUGACCUGAGUCCAGAGCGAACUCAGAGGUCUCAAACGCCGUCUACCAUCACCUGGUGUGUCCGGAAGACUCCGCCUCCAUCCAGCAAACCACACCCUUUUGCUGUGCCUUCAGCCCCGCCCACUGGCAGGUCCAGACUCUCUCUGCCUCCAGCAGCCAAUCACAGCUGUUACCUAUCAUCUCCUGAUGAAGACCCUCCCAUGGGGCGGAGCUCCGGUGCCACCAUGAGGUCACUGUGCUCAUUCUGCUGCAGUGUCUUCAGGGACAGUCUGCUACCCCUGGACCAUAAGAUCAAUCAGACCGUGGAUUUGAUGAAAACUCACCUGGUGAUGAUGGUGCAGGAAGAGGCGGAGCUUCUGAGGGAUCAAAUCACAGAGCUAAGCUUCAGAAACCAACAGUUGCAGAGGGAGAACCUCUUCUUAAAAGCAAUAAUCCAAAACACCAACCUGAAUAUUUAAUUUAACUUCAACGUUCAUGAAAACCUGUAGGAACAUGUUGUGUAUUUGUGUUUAUGUAUAAAUGUACGUGUAUUUGUGUCUCUGUGAGUUUUCAAUCUCUCGUCUUCCUCAGAUGUUUUCUUUCAGGUGAAUUUUUCAGAAAGUCACAUCAAAGGAUGAUCAAUAAAACAAAC